AUGAAUAAAACACUUGAUGUAAUUAGUGUAAUAGUUCCCAUUUAUAAUGGGGCUAAAUGGAUAGACCUCUGUUUUCAUAGCAUUUUCAAGCAAAAUGUAGAUGAUACCCAGUUUCAAUUGGAAGUGUGUGUCUGUAAUGAUUCUAGUACAGAUGAAACAUCAACAUUACUGGAAAAAUGGAAAGAUCAUUUUCAAGAAGCUGGUGUAUCUUUAAAAUUAUUUAAUAAUAUAAGUGAAAAUCCUGGAGGAGUUGGAUUUGCCAAAAACAAAGCUGUUUCAGUCAGUACAGGAAGAUUUCUGUGCUUUCAAGAUAUAGAUGAUGUGAUGUUACCAGAUCGAGUUCAAAAGCAGUUUCAGGUUGCUGUAAAUUCUUCAGUUGAUACAAUUGUGGGUGCUCAGUUUAAACGUGAGCCAGAGGAUUCCACAGUUCGCUACACUAAAUGGGCUAAUUCUUUAAGUCAGGAACAACUGAGCCUUCAAGUAUUCACAUCACAUGGUCCUACAGUAAUAAUGCCUACAUGGUUUUUGUACAGAGCUCAUUUUGAUAAAGUAGGUGGAUUUGUGGAAAAGGGAAAAGGAACUCCAGAAGACUUAAUUUUUUUCUAUAAGCAUCUUGAUCUUGGUGGAAAAAUUGUUAGAGUAGAUGAGUGUUUGUUGAUAUACAGAUUUCAUUCUGACCAAGCUACUUUUUCUGUUCAUCAGGACACCAUCUGGAACUUACGAGUAGAUAGGUUACAAAAGGAAAUUUUAAGUGACUGGCCACAGUUUACCAUUUGGAAUGCUGGUAAGCAAGGCAAGAAACUGUACAACUCUUUAUCGAAGGAAAAUCAAGCAAAAGUAGUAGCUUUCUGUGAUGUAGACGGUAAUAAAAUUGGUAAACCUUAUAUACCAUAUAAUCCUAAUGAUCGUAAAGGAAAGAAAAAAAUGAUUGAAAUCGUGCAUUUUAAAGAUGCACUUCCACCAUUGGUUAUUUGUGUAAAAAUGGAUAUGACUGGUGGAGUCUUUGAAAACAAUUUGCAGUCUUUAAAUCUUCAAGAAGGUCUAGAAUAUGUAAUAUUCAGUUAG